CACACGAUGGCUAGAACUAAACAAACCGCAAGAAAGUCAACUGCCCAGAAGGUCCCCAGAAAGCAGCUGGUUGCCCAGAAGAUCGCCAGGAAGAGCGCUCCCGUCACCACCGGCGUCAAGAAGCCCCACCGCUUCAAACCCGGAACAGUUGCCCUCAGAGAAAUCAGGAAGUACCAGAAGUCAACUGACCUCCUCAUCAGAAAGCUCCCCUUCCAGAGACUCGUCCGUGAGAUCGCCCACGAGUUCAAGCAAGAGCUCAGGUUCCAGAGCUCCGCCGUGCUUGCCCUCCAGGAAGCCGCUGAGGCCUACCUCGUUUCCCUCUUCGAGGACACCAACCUCUGCGCCAUCCAUGCCAAGAGAGUCACCAUCAUGACCAGAGACCUCCAACUCGCCAAGAGAAUCAGAGGAGACAGGUUCUGA